GUAUGUUAAUACCUUAUUUGUGCAGCGCCUAUGUAUAAUGGCAAUAAAGUCCACGAUGAUUUUUGAUCGACUUGUCGGAGCACACACUCGUUCCCGAUGUGACGUCACAUAUCUAAUGAAUUUAUAUUUACAACUUCAAGGCGAGUAGCGACCGAACACAGUAACAACGAUUUAAUUUUCCAUCGUUUUCAACAGUAUCGCGGAUAUUAUGAUGGGUGGACUUGUUCGCGAUUCGUUAUUUUUUUGUGUCCUUAGUAACCCUUCUUAAGGGACCAUCUUGUAGUGGGUGACGUCACCGCGUGCGGUGUUACGAAAGCUUUUGUGUGUUUUGAAAAUAGUUUUUUGGAUUUUUGAAAAAUGAGUUCGUCAGCGGAAAGUAAAGUUACCAAUAGGAAGAUAAACAGGACCGACAGUGAAGUGGCAUGCGAAGAAGCGGCGCGCUUAACCGCCGAACAACAAGAAGAUGAUUUCGAAGACGAAUAUUGUUAUUACCACGAUCUCCCUCCACCUCCUGACGGAGGAUACGGUUGGGUUGUGGUGUUCGCUUCGUUUAUGUGUAAUAUGGUCGUCGACGGAAUCGCCUACACUUUCGGUAUCUUCCUUUCCGACAUAGUAUUCUUCUACGGGGAAACCAAAGGAAGAACAGCUUGGGUGGGAUCUCUGUUAUCGGGAAUGUAUCUAAGCGCCGGUCCGUUGGUCAGUGCUCUAACCAAUAAAUUCGGUUGUAGGGCUGUUUGUAUAUCGGGUAGUAUAAUUUCUACGAUUGCUUUCGUUUUAUCUAUAUUCAGUCCUACGGUGAAUUGGUUGAUGUUGACUUACGGUUUCAUCGGUGGUAUCGGUUUCGGUUUGAUAUAUUUACCUGCGGUUGUUUGCGUCGGUUAUUACUUCGAAACUAAGAGGUCUCUAGCUACCGGGAUAGCUGUUUGCGGAUCUGGAGUCGGUACUUUUACUUUUGCACCUUUAGCUACUAUGCUAUUAGAGGAAUACGGUUGGAAAGGAGCUAAUUUGAUAUUAGCAGGACUAAUACUCAAUUGUAUCCUAUUCGGAGCUCUAAUGAGACCUUUAGAAUACCCCAAAGAUAGCGGGGAGAAACCGUUGUUACAAAGAAUGGCGGAAGAACGUAAAUUAGCGAUGGAGAGAGGUAGCAUUGGAGGAUCUUAUUUCAUGGUUCAACUUCCCGAUGGUUCGAUGGAGAAGAGGAUGAAACAGCCGAUUAAUAGGGACCCUGGGGUGCAUUCUAGUUUGGCGUUGGAUCAAUUAGCAGCUGGUAGUAAUAUGACGCCGAUUCCGACGGUUCCUACUUUACCGACUAUUGCCGAAGCUAAAGUAACCGAACAUAGCGGUAGUUCCGGUACGCCCAGUCCGAGGGAAAGUACUAACGAAAUUAAAGGGGUUAAAGUGAAAUUGGAAAGUCCUACGGCGGAACCAGCGCAGAUUACAAGGAUUAGAAGGGAUUCCGAUAAUAGUGAUGUACAGAGGAAUACGAAAAUAAUGCCUAGGAAUGCUAGUCAGCCCGCUUUUAGUACUCACGUUCAAGGUAUUCCGAAAAAUGGUUCGGUGCCUACUUUCGAUAGGAUGAGAAAAACUUCCUUCGGGGAAAAAUUCAAACCUACGUUAGUACCUAUUAAAUCUUCUUCCAGGAACGCGGUUAAUAGCUCCAACGGUGAUAUGAGGAAGAAAAGGAACGAUUCCACUGGUUCUUUCAUCAGGAAUAACGCCAGCGAGGUCGACGUGGAAAGUUUAGCUUAUACUUCAAAAUUAUCGAUAAAUAGUAAAAGAGAACGACAAAUGGUUAGGCCUAUGUCUAGAAAGGACAUCUUCUAUUCCGGAUCUGUGCUCAAUUUACCAGAAUACAAAUCUCAAAAGUCUUUGACUAAUUACAGGCAGAGCAUUCUGAGCAUACCUCAAAUUAAAGGAGAUGAUGAUGGCACACCCGGAGACAUCUGCCCCUGUUUGGUGCUACCUGACAGUUUUAAAUCUGCGCUUGCGCAGAUGUUAGAUACGAGCUUAUUGAAGAAUCCAGUUUUCGUACUCAUAGGAAUAUCGAAUUUAUUCGGAAUGGCCGGAUUGUAUAUACCAUUCGUAUAUCUAGUUGAAUGUGCAAAAUUAGAUGGUAUCGACGCUUCGAAAGCUUCGUUUUUGUUGUCGAUUAUCGGCAUAACGAACACUAUCGGUCGUCUGGUGUGCGGUUACAUCGCCGAUUUCCCGCAAGUCAACGCGCUUUUCGUUAAUAAUUGUUGUCUGAUUGUAUCUACGGUAUCUGUUGCUGUGGUACCGUUUUGUCACACCUACACCCUCUACGUCACUGUUUCCAUAUUUUUUGGGAUCGCCAUUUCCGGUUACAUUUCUCUAACGUCGAUCAUUUUGGUCGAUCUUCUCGGAUUGGAAAAAUUAACCAACGCUUUCGGCCUUCUGAUAUUAUUCCGAGGGGCUGCGGCCAUAGUGGGAUCACCACUAGCAGGUGCCUUAUAUGACGCAACUCAAACUUAUGCCGUACCUUUUUAUGUUGGAGGCGGACUUUUCGCUCUUUCCGCCAUCACAAGCUUCAUAGCCCCCUGUUUGAAGGGUUUCGUACCAUCGGACGAACCUUCGCCGGGUGAUGGAGACGCGCUUACGCCCAUCGACGAAGACGAGGAAGAGGAAGAGGACGACGAGCCUAUUACAAUGGGAGGCGGCGGUGGCGGAGGUCAAAAAAAUAUUCCGAAAAUAACCGAAACCGCUUCGUCGUCGCCCGAAGAAAAAGAAAUACAAUUGAAGGAAUCUGUUUUAUAAAUAAGUUGAAAUUAGGUUACUUGAUGGAAUUUUUUCCCGGAAAAAUGUUUAUUAACGUUUUUUUAAACUGUGAUAAGAGGAACUGUAACAUUUAUUCCAAAUAGUCGUUGGAGGACGGCGGCAAUUUUUUUUUUUUUUGUUUUAUUUUAAAAUGAAAUGAAGAAAUCGUAAAUAUGCGUCUAUUUCGGGUGAUGAUGCGGUGAAUAAUAAAUAUUUUUCCAGGUUCUAACAAAUAUUAUGGAUGCCAUUUUUUUUUGUAAAAAAAAAUAUUUAUAUAACCACUAGAUGGAGUUGUAAAAAUAUCCAACCAUCUGACGCUCAAAGUUAACAUGCCGAGAAAAAAAAUUGCUUUUAUGUACAAAGUGUUGAAAAAAAAUAUCCACCGGCUUCUUUGUGAUCGUAUUUUUCCAUCGAUCCUCGUAUAACACCGAUUUUGACUAUUCUCACUUCUUUUAACAGUUUUUGAUUCCCCCUCGUAUAUCAUUGAUUUUCACCGUUUCUAACUUCCCUCCACGAUAUUUUGUGGUUCCUCCUCGUAUAUCAUGGAUUUUACCAAGUGUAAACUUUCUUCUACAUUAUUUUUCCAUCGAUUAUCACGAAUUUUGAAUGUUUCCCACUUCUUUUAACAGUAUUUUUUAUUUCCUUCUCUUAUAAUAUCGAUUUUGUUUUUUUCCAAUUUUUCUCACAUUAUUUUUUUAUUUCCCCUCGUAUAACCCCCUUUUCUUACUGUCUUUUACAAUAUUUUUAGAAUUUUCCUUGAAUAAUACUCAUUUCGACUAUUUCUUACUUCCUUCCACAGUAUUUUUUAAUUCCUCCUCGUAUCAAAAGUUUUUUAUUCUCUAUUAUUUCCUUCCACAUUAUUUUUCGAUCUUUCCUCUUAUAACACCGAUUUUGAGCAUUUCUAAUUUCCUUCGACAUUAUUUUUGAUUUUUCCAACUUAAAAAACUUCUUUUCACAGAAUUUUUUGAUUAUUCCUCGUAUAAUGAAUACUUCUACUUCCAUUUCAACUGUUUCACUUCUUCAUUGUAUGAUCCUGAAUUUUACUUCUUCUGGCGUCGUUCUACUUCGUAUAACGUCCGUUUAUUCAUUUUUUCUUAUCAAUGUUUUUUUUGUAUCGCGCAUAACACUGGUUUAGACUUUUUUUGACGUCUAUCCACUUAUUAUUGAAUGUUUUUAUUCCUCCUGGUAAAAUAGUGAUUUCCAUAUCUUUAAACUUCUGAUAAUUCAAUUCGUUUUUUUAUCAACAAAUUUUUCUAAUGUACAUCGUCGUCUUCUUUUGACACAUUUAUUUUCUUUUUCACCUCUGUAUAUAUAAAAAUAUUUUCUACUUUCUCUAACACAUUAAUUACUCAUUUUAUUUUUUGAAUAACUAGUUUUUUUUAAUUCUCCCUCCUAUAACAUUCAUUCUGUCUCCUUUUCAUAAUCGACCACUUAUACUGUCUUAGUAUUUUUUAAUUGCUCCUUGUAAAAUAGCAAUUUUUAUUACUUUUAUAUCCAUUCUCUUAUUUCUUUUUUUUAUUCUCCCUCGUAUAAAACUGAAUUUGUUUUGUAUUUAUGUUUAUUCACUAAUUUUGUCAAAAUAUUUAUUGAUAAUUGCCGGUAAAAUAAUUAAUUUGAUUUCAUGUCACGUCUAUUAAUUCAUUCAUUCCUUUUUACUGAGAAAUUAUUUUGAAUUUAACUCUUAUAAUAAUCAUUUUGUCUUUUUUUGAAGAGCAUAUACUAAUUUUGUUUUCUUGUCGAAGUUUUUUUUCUCUCUCUCUUUUUAAGUGUACCUCGUAUAAUAUUAACUUUUUUAACGUUCAUCCAUUGAUUGUUUUGAUUUGACGGUAAAUUAUUGAUUUUCCUUAUUCAUCAAAAUAUUUUUUGGUUUCUGUUGGUAAAAUAGUGAUUUUAACAACCGAUUAUUUGAGUCUACCUCGUAUAACACUGUCUCUGUCUUAUUUUGAUGUUCAUCUAUUGAUUUUGCCACAAUACUUUUGAUUUGACGGUAAUUUACUGAUUUUCCUUUUUCAUCAAAAUAUUUUUUUGGUUUCUGUUGGUAAAAUAGUGAUUUUAACAACCGAUUAUUUGAGUCUACCUCGUAUAACACUGUCUCUGUCUUAUUUUGAUGUUCAUCUAUUGAUUUUGCCACAAUACUUUUGAUUUGACGGUAAUUUACUGAUUUUCCUUUUUCAUCAAAAUAUUUUUUUGGUUUCUGUUGGUAAAAUAGUGAUUUUAACAACCGAUUAUUUGAGUCUACCUCGUAUAACACUGUCUCUGUCUUAUUUUGAUGUUCAUCUAUUGAUUUUGCCACAAUACUUUUGAUUUGACGGUAAUUUACUGAUUUUCCUUUUUCAUCAAAAUAUUUUUUUGGUUUCUGUUGGUAAAAUAGUGAUUUUAACAACCGAUUAUUUGAGUCUACCUCGUAUAACACUGUCUUUGUCUUAUUUUGAUGUUCAUCUAUUGAUUUUGCCACAAUACUUUUGAUUUGACGGUAAUUUACUGAUUUUCCUUUUUCAUCAAAAUAUUUUUUUGGUUUCUGUUGGUAAAAUAGUGAUUUUAACAACCGAUUAUUUGAGUCUACCUCGUAUAACACUGUCUUUGUCUUAUUUUGAUGUUCAUCUAUUGAUUUUGCCACAAUACUUUUGAUUUGACGGUAAUUUACUGAUUUUCCUUUUUCAUCAAAAUAUUUUUUUGGUUUCUGUUGGUAAAAUAGUGAUUUUAACAACCGAUUAUUUGAGUCUACCUCGUAUAACACUGUCUCUGUCUUAUUUUGAUGUUCAUCUAUUGAUUUUGCCACAAUACUUUUGAUUUGACGGUAAUUUACUGAUUUUCCUUUUUCAUCAAAAUAUUUUUUUGGUUUCUGUUGGUAAAAUAGUGAUUUUAACAACCGAUUAUUUGAGUCUACCUCGUAUAACACUGUCUCUGUCUUAUUUUGAUGUUCAUCUAUUGAUUUUGCCACAAUACUUUUGAUUUGACGGUAAUUUACUGAUUUUCCUUUUUCAUCAAAAUAUUUUUUUGGUUUCUGUUGGUAAAAUAGUGAUUUUAACAACCGAUUAUUUGAGUCUACCUCGUAUAACACUGUCUUUGUCUUAUUUUGAUGUUCAUCUAUUGAUUUUGCCACAAUACUUUUGAUUUGACGGUAAUUUACUGAUUUUCCUUUUUCAUCAAAAUAUUUUUUUGGUUUCUGUUGGUAAAAUAGUGAUUUUAACAACCGAUUAUUUGAGUCUACCUCGUAUAACACUGUCUUUGUCUUAUUUUGAUGUUCAUCUAUUGAUUUUGCCACAAUACUUUUGAUUUGACGGUAAUUUACUGAUUUUCCUUUUUCAUCAAAAUAUUUUUUUGGUUUCUGUUGGUAAAAUAGUGAUUUUAACAACCGAUUAUUUGAGUCUACCUCGUAUAACACUGUCUUUGUCUUAUUUUGAUGUUCAUCUAUUGAUUUUGCCACAAUACUUUUGAUUUGACGGUAAUUUACUGAUUUUCCUUUUUCAUCAAAAUAUUUUUUUGGUUUCUGUUGGUAAAAUAGUGAUUUUAACAACCGAUUAUUUGAGUCUACCUCGUAUAACACUGUCUCUGUCUUAUUUUGAUGUUCAUCUAUUGAUUUUGCCACAAUACUUUUGAUUUGACGGUAAUUUACUGAUUUUCCUUUUUCAUCAAAAUAUUUUUUUGGUUUCUGUUGGUAAAAUAGUGAUUUUAACAACCGAUUAUUUGAGUCUACCUCGUAUAACACUGUCUCUGUCUUAUUUUGAUGUUCAUCUAUUGAUUUUGCCACAAUACUUUUGAUUUGACGGUAAUUUACUGAUUUUCCUUUUUCAUCAAAAUAUUUUUUUGGUUUCUGUUGGUAAAAUAGUGAUUUUAACAACCGAUUAUUUGAGUCUACCUCGUAUAACACUGUCUUUGUCUUAUUUUGAUGUUCAUCUAUUGAUUUUGCCACAAUACUUUUGAUUUGACGGUAAUUUACUGAUUUUCCUUUUUCAUCAAAAUAUUUUUUUGGUUUCUGUUGGUAAAAUAGUGAUUUUAACAACCGAUUAUUUGAGUCUACCUCGUAUAACACUGUCUUUGUCUUAUUUUGAUGUUCAUCUAUUGAUUUUGCCACAAUACUUUUGAUUUGACGGUAUUCUACUGAUUUUCCUUUUUCAUCAAAAUAUUUUUUGGUUUCUGUUGGUAAAAUAGUUAUUUUAACAACCGAUUAUUUGAGUCUACCUCGUAUAACACUGUCUCUGUCUUAUUUUUACAUUCAUUCUUUGAUUUUGUCACAAUACUUUUUUAUUUCCUUGUAGUAAAAUAGUGAUUUGUAUUUCUUCUAACCCUUUUUAAUUCAAUGAAUUUUUUGUCUACUUAUUGUUUCGAAUUUACCUCGUAUAACAACGAUUUUGUCUUUUUUUAACGUUCACCUACUGAUUUUCGUUUUUCAUUUAUUACUACUUCCGCUCCCCUAUUUUAUCGACUCAUUUCUUUGAUUCUAGCUCGUAUAAAAUUUGACGUCUAUCCCUCUAUUUUUUGAUUUUCACCUUUUUUUUCUUUCUUGCACCUCCUCAAUUCCUUUUUUCGAAACGGUUAUUCUUCCACGUAUAACAUUUACCAUUUCUAAUUCCAUUUGAAAUUAUUUUUCGAUUCCUCCACGUAUAUUAUCAAUUUCAACAAUUUUUACUCGCUUAUCCGCAAUAAUAUUUAUACGAGGGUUAAUCUGAAGUUACUCAAUACAAUAUAACAUCGAAAAUAAUUUUUUUUCUCAAUCAAAUGUAGAAACUUGAAUACGAGGGUUGUAUGAAAAGAAAUAAGGUAUUUGAUAUUUCGUUUAAUCUCAUGUUUUGGGAUAUUGAUUAAUUAAUAAUAGAAGAAGUGUCGUGGCGUGUUAAUUUUUCGCAAUGGAUUAGAAUAAAAUAUACUGUACGUCUUUUUAUUGACGGUUCAAUUUUUUUUUGUUGUCGCUUUAUAUUUUGUAAUUGUUUAUUAGGUACGUACGAUGUAAUUUCUUUUUUUUUUCUAGAGUGUGUGUAUGUGUGUUGAUAGAAUUUUAUGGACGAUUUUCAAUAUCGUUACCAAUUAUUAUUAUUUUUAAAUUAAUGUACAUUUUUUACAGGGCGUUCUAUAGAAGAAAUCCAUUUUAACGAGCAAGUAUUAUAUUUAAAUUUAGUUAUUUAGGUUUCAAUGUAGCUCUCGUUUUUUUCAUAACUUUCUUUUUACCACCCUGUAUACCAGAUAUUCGUGAUACGAGUUAUUCUACUCGUUUGAUCCACUGAAAUCUCGGGGUUUCUUUUAUUUUUGUCACUAAUUGAUAUUCCCGAAUCAUUUUAUAAUGAUUGAAAAUAAAUCAUUGGAAAAAUCCCAGGAAAGAAAAGUUUUUUUUUGUAAUUUCACGUGAUUUUCGUAAGUUCCAUUCUGUAGUGAUAAUUUUUGAGUUUUCCAAACGGCAUUUGUUUUUAAUUUUAGAUAUACAAAAAAUGAUUGAAUCAAUUUUAAUUUCGUUUUUCUUACCUUUUGCAUUACCCUAUAUUUAAAAAAUCGAUAGUAGGAUUCAAUUGAAGAUUUUCACGCAUUUGGUAUACAAAUUACCGAAAUAUAUCCAGUUUUACUUCUAGUCUUUUAUUUAGUAAUUUUCCCCAAUCAUUCGAAGUUGAUUGAAAAGAAAAAAUUGUGAAAAUACCCUUGAAAAAUAUAUUUUUCUUGUAUUUUCACAAGAUUUUCGUAGUUUUAUGUCAAAAAUCGCCAAAAAGAUUGUAAUCACAUUUCCACGUAAUUUAAUAUACAAAAAUACCAAAUGUUCUCCCGAUUUUCCUCAAUUUUUUCUAAUUUUCCAAUUAUUUUUUUGGAACGUUUUAUUAUAAUUUUUCUAAUUUUUGCGUCACCCUGUAUACUCAUAAUAGAUAAUAGGCUUCAAUUGAACAUCAACAAAAUAUCAAUUUUUUUGCGUUUUUCUUCUAUUUUUCAGUUAUCAUUUUUUAAUAAUUUCAAAAAUAUGUGAAAAAGUUUUUGGAAAACAAAUAUACCUUGUAGUUUCACGCGUUUUCCUUAAA